AUGGAAUGGGUAGAAGAAUCGUAUCGUCGGUCGUUUAAGGAGAUAUCUGACUUCGGAAAAGACGUUCCUGAUAUACAACCGUUGAUUGAUUACUUUGUUGAAAGUCUUACACAACCAAAACUAACAGAAUGGAAAGGGUACAAAGUGUACGGGUUUGGUUUUAACGCUGAUACCAUAAAGUGGGUGUACGAUAAUUGGACGCCAUGGCAAGAUGACGUCAUUGUUGCGUCAUUUCCAAAAACAGCUUUAAAAUUCGAAUUUCUUGACAAACUGCCUUGGGAUAGAAAAGUACUUUCCACCCAUGUUCCCGCAGCUUUGUUUAACUUCGAAAAGAUAAGAAACGCUGGGGCAAAGGUUAUCUACACAAUACGCAAUCCAAAAGACCAGCUUGUGUCCUGGCACAAAAUGAUGGUGAAUUUUCCCAUAAAUAGAGAGGGGACAAAUUUGAAAGACCACUAUCCGCUGGAAUGGGGGAAGUUUUUCGAUGUUGCUAUCAGUGGUAAACAACAGAUGACGAACAAAGAAGGUGAAUAUUACAUGGAGCAUUUGUUAUCAUGGUACCCACAUAGAAACGACGAAAAUGUUCUAUUUGUGGUUUUUGAAGAUUUGAAAAAGGACCCGUUAAAAGAAAUCCGACGAAUAGCUAAGUUUCUUGACGUUAAAAUAUCGGAGGACGAUCUUUUAAAUGUCACGGAGUCUUCAUCGUUUGCUUCAAUGAAGAAAGAAUAUCAUUGGACAGAGAAAGUGAAGUUUUUUCGCAAAGGCGAAGUGGGAGACUGGAAAAACCACUUCACUGUCGCACAGUCGGAAAAAGUUGACGCUUUGGUCAAGCAAAAGCUCGCUGGGACUGAUAUUAAAUUCACUUAUGAAUUGUAA